AUGCUGCACGAUUUAAGAGGGGUCUUUGUACAGACACUUGCUCCAUCUGCAGUAGCGGGGUGGAAGAUGAAGCCCACGAACUGGGGAGCUCUCUUCAUGCUUUUAUCUUGGUGGCUCUGGAGAUGUGGGAAUAUGUUUAUCUUGGAAGGGAAUAAGAUUCAGCACACUGGUAUCAUUCUUAAUGCCCAUGCUACUAUCGCUAGUAUGAUAGAAGCCCAAGUUCGGCUCUCAGCAAUAACUAUUGUCAACACUGCAGUUGGUGAGCCUAAUAUGGGCAGGUGGUUGCCAUCUGUGGAUGAAUGGGUUAAGGUUAAUGUGGAUGGAGCUCAUGCACAUAUCCCCAACUCUGCAUGUCGAGGUCUAAUCAGAGAUUCCUCAGGUCAUUUCCUCGUCGGGUUUAUUUUUCACAUGAAUGAAGGAGGCAGCCUUUCAGCAGAGCUCUGGGCUUGCUCCAACUAUGCUGAUCGAGCAGUCAUUAUGGAGGCCAAUAAUCUCAUUAGUAGGGAGUGGGAAGUUACAAUGCAGCAUGUUAGGCAAUUUUCAAAUCAAACUGUUGAUCGCUUGGCUAAGUGUGGACUCUCUGCCUUGUUGGGUUUUCACUUUGUUCACCCUGCAGCUCUCAAGGAUAUCAAUGAGAAGGAUUGUGCUGGCACUACUAGUUCUGUAUAG